CUUUCCGAUUACGCGCUCGAUUAGACUUUGUUAUGGCGGUUCAAGAAUCUAACGUUGCUGUAGACGAUCAAGUUGAUGAUGAGAAUUGCGGCCCACUGUUAAUACAGAAGCUCGAAUCUGCUGGAAUCGCUGCAGCUGAUAUCAAAAAACUCCGAGAAGCAGGCUAUCACACUGUUGAGAGCAUCCAGUUUGUUCCGAAAAAGACUUUGCUGGCAGUAAAAGGCAUUAGCGAAGCUAAGGCGGAUAAAAUUAUAGAAGCUGCUCAAAAGUUAGUGCCAUUCGGAUUUACAACUGCUACCGAAUUUCACCAAAAACGAUCAGAAAUUAUUCAGCUGACUACUGGUUCUAAGGAGUUGGACAAACUCUUACAAGGUGGAAUCGAAACUGGAUCAAUUACUGAAUUAUUUGGGGAAUUUCGGACGGGCAAAACUCAGAUAUGUCAUACUUUAGCUGUAACUUGUCAGUUACCUAUUGAUAUGGGCGGUGGUGAAGGGAAAUGUUUGUACAUUGAUACAGAGGGUACUUUCCGUCCUGAACGCUUGUUGGCGGUCGCUGAGCGAUAUGGUCUUUCUGGCAGUGAUGUUCUAGAUAAUGUUGCAUAUGCUCGAGCCUACAAUACGGAUCACCAGAUGGAAUUACUUAUUAACGCCGCAGCAAUGAUGAGCGAAUCAAGAUAUGCAUUAUUAGUUGUUGACAGUGCAACAGCACUUUAUCGUACUGAUUAUUCUGGUCGUGGAGAAUUAUCAGCUAGACAAAUGCAUUUGGCUAGAUUUUUACGUACAUUACUACGCUUAGCAGAUGAAUUUGGUGUAGCUGUGGUAAUUACUAAUCAAGUUGUUGCACAAGUUGAUGGGGCUGCUAUGUUCUCUGCUGAUCCCAAAAAGCCUAUCGGUGGAAAUAUAAUGGGUCAUGCAUCAACUACUCGGUUUGUUUUUAUUUCUAUUUUUUCCUAUUUUACAAAAAAAGAGUUAAUUAUACUUUCAUUCAAGACAUCCUUUUAUUAAACUGUGCUAGUUUGUAUCAAAUUCAUAAUGUCUUGCUCAAUUAGUUAGCCAAAAUUCGAAUGAUUCGGCUGUCUGACUUGAAUCGAACUGAGUACACCACUAAUUACCUCGGCCCCAAAUAAGCGAAACUGCCGUCCGAUGUUGAGAUCAAUUCGAUCUGACCAGUAAGUUCUACUGUUUGAUGUGAGUCAUACCCAUCUACUCAUGUCAGUCAGUCAGUAACACUGUGCAUCUGGUUUUGUAUAUUGUUGUCGAUGUUGUUUUUCUGAGCAUAGCAGUUCUAAGUACUGGACCAGUUUAAGAAUGAAAAUGGCCAUCACGUUUAUUUGUAUUUAAGAGUCUAAUAGAUUUGUAGUUUGGUAGUUAAUAAAGUUUAAAUUUAUGUCAUAUGGUAAAAUAAUUUCGACUACAGCCCAGCCACGUUUUUCUGGUAUGAAAAUAACUGAAAGCCAAGGAGCGCUGAACAUUUGUUUCGUCCUAGUUUGAAACUCAUCACUAGUGCGUGCACAUGACUCCAGCAGUGACCAAACCUAGUAUUUUCGGAUUAAGAGACUAGCCCGUUUAGCGAUCGUGACGAAAAUAUACACUAGAAUUGAUCGAAAUUCCUAAACAAUCUGAAUUUAAUAUAUACGUUCGUUUCAGUAAAAAUAAAAAUUCUCUAAUUCGACGGUAGAAUGCUUGCCAGUCUCUCGGAUGGUUCUUAUCCUAUUUCCAACCUAUGCACCCUUAAAUCUCUCCUAGCCCAUAGUGAGCCGAGAAAAGUUGUAAGGUUGGGUGUGAGGCCAGCAACUGCAUUCUAUGAAACUACUCCACCUUUACUAAAACUUCAAAAUAAUAUCACUCGGAACUCAAGAAAUGGGGAAAAUUAGUCGUUGCUUCUAUAAACAACUUCUGUUGUUGUUCCUUGACUGAUUUUAGAGUAUCAUGAAUAUAUUACUAGCUUAGGUAGUCGGGUUUUAGCUAGCUGGCCUCAGACGCUUAUUAGCCUAUCCACUUUCUUCUAUAUGAUUAGGCUAACUAGAAGACUAAGUAUCAUUCUUCCCUUUCUGUAAAAAAUAUAUCUCUAACCUUUGUGGCACCAACUCUCAUAAUCUGUUAUCGACAACUUUAAGAAUAAAAUGUCCUCUUUUUUCACAAUGGAUUUAUUUCUGUGAGUUUUCAGUAUCCAUCAGCAAUCAUAUGUACAGCUUGUUCAUAUGGUAGUUUUACCUUUUAUUUCACUAACUUGUGGAGAUUUCAAAAUAUGUAUAGUCAAAGUAAGGAAUAGCGACCUACCGUUUAGAAUUGACUUUGGAUUCAGUUAGGCUUGGGCAGUAGACCAUUGUUAAGUUGUGGGUUUGAGGUUAGGUCAUGGUUUGGGAAUCACUAUUGGAUUUUUUCCUCCUUCCAGGUGAAGACUAACAAGAUGUAGAGUCUUCUUAAACAGAAAUCUUCAAGUGUUUCACGUGCGACUCGCUACCGUAAAAUUAAGAUGGUGCUACAGGACUGGACUACGUUGACUCCUAGUUUAAAUAUAGGGGGAGGCAGUGAAAUAGUAGAGCGUGUUGAUCAUUUCACUUAUUUAGGGAGUUGCGUCAACCAACGCCAGCGGGUUGAUUUUUGACGAAAUCUCAACACGGAUUUAGAAGGCUCGUUUGGCAUACGCCAAAUUACAUCAUCUUUGAGGUAGACGUGAUAUACGAUGGCUGUCGACGAAAGGGUGUGUAUACUGCUUAGCAGUUCACUCUGUCCUCCGUUAAAGCUGAGACAUGUCCAAUAAAAGUGGAAGACAUGAAAAGGCAGGUUAGCUGUUUUUGAUCAAAGGUGUCUGCGUCCUAUCUCCUGUGCUUAGUCGUAUAAAAUAGUAAGAAAUAUUGAGGUUAUGCUUCGAGUGCUGGGUAAGGAGGGGAAAUCAAUCGAC